AUGGGCUCUGCGUAUAACAGCCUAGCCCUUAGCCUCAGCGAUGCAGCGCAGCGAGAGGCGUUUCCCCCGGCAACCACAUCCCUAGAGGAGGCGGAGCAGAGGCCGGGGGUCCCACAGGUACGGCCAGUGAAGAUGGCCACACGGUCCAUAACAGGUGGCGAGAUGCCACUGGAGGAGCUGCUGGCCCUGUAUGGGUAUGAUGUGCCCGGACCCGUCAAACGACGAGGCCAGGAACCCGACCGACUGUCCGCAUGCCUGCCCGACACGACACUGGACAAAGAUCAGAUGACGAAGGGUCAGUUCUCAGGAGGAGAAGACGAGGAGACCCGGUCCUCCGCCGACGACCUCGCCUCUUCCCUCGCCUCUCACGCCUCUGAUCUGUUACGAUGCCACUUACGAGGUGGAGACAAAGACGCCUCCGUCAGCUCCUCAGACGAAGACUCAGAAAGCACCUCCAUCCCCUCCAACGACGGACACAAGGACAUCAUGGUGGGGUCGCAGUACCAGGCCGACAUCCCUCCUCUGUGUUCCUUCUCCUGCCAUGAGAGAGCUUAUGAGAGAGAGGACCAGCUCCUGUGGACCCCCAGUGUGCUGUCAGGGCAGGCAGUGGAGGAGUUUCUGCUCCACGCACAGAGGAGAGGAGGGCAGGAGGAGGUGACAGACACUGUAAUCUCAGGGGACAUAGUCAAAGACAACGAACAGGCUCUGUAUGAACUGGUCAAAUGUAACUUCAAUGCAGAGGAAGCACUGAGAAGACUACGCUUCAAUGUCAAAGUGUUCAGCGAGGAGUUAUGCGCCUGGAGUGAAGAGGAAUGUCGGAAUUUCGAACACGGAUAUCGGGUUCACGGGAAAAACUUCCACCUCAUUCAGGCCAACAAGGUACGGACGCGCUCCGUUGGGGAGUGUGUGGAAUACUACUACAUCUGGAAGAAAUCAGAGAGAUAUGAGUUCUUUACCCAACAGGCCACCAAGCUGGGCCGCAAGAAAUACAGCUUACAGUCCGGGAACCUGGAGGAUAUGGAUCAGGACGGAGACGUUGGCGAAACGGAAGGAGCCGGUAAUUCUCACGGCUCGAUGCACAGAUCUGCCGUCCAUCUCAAUCCGCCGUCACCCACACCCACGGUGGACCUGGACAAACAAGAAGAGGGCCUGAGAUACUCAGAUCAGUUUCAGGGGCGCCCACGAAGGAAGCGCACGCCACGCUACCUGUUAAGACCCUGA